AUGACGGACGGAGGCGACGCGUACAAGACCGGCGUCGCGUUCUCGCUGAUCGUAAACGCCGCGUUCUACCUCGCGCUCGCGAACAGUAACCCGGGCUACGUCGAGGAGGACGAGAAAGCGCAGGCCGCGGAGUUCCUGAGCGUGCAGAGAAACGUCGCGUCGCUGAACGCGCCGGGCGGGGACGUCGAGAGCGGCGCGGGAGGAGGAGGAGGCGGGACGACGAGACCCGCGGGCGGGCGCGCGUCCUCGAGCCGCGACCUCCUCGGCCCCUCGUACAUCGACUCGAGCAACGCGGAGAUCCUGACGCGCGAGAUCCCCACGUACGGCGAGGACGACGGGGGCGACGACGACGGCGACGACGACACCCCGAUGCCGGUCGGGCAAAACUGCAAACACUGCGACGCGUGGCAGGGCCUUCGAACGAAGCACUGCCACGAUUGCGGACGGUGCGUUCGGAAGUUCGACCACCACUGCUUCUGGGUCGGGUCGUGCGUCGGGGAGAAGAACCACGCGCGGUUCACGUCGUACCUCGCGACGGAGACCGCGUGCGUGAUCUGGGCGCUGCACAUAUCCGGCACCGGGUUGAGGUAUCACGACACCUUCGGCGAGCUCUUCGCGAAAAACGCGGGGCCGCUGUUUCUGUGCGUCUUCCUCUUCUUCUUCGCGCUGUUCGUCGGAUCCUUGCUCGGGUUCCACGCGUACCUGAUCGUCACGGGGCAGAGCACGUGGGAGGUAUCGAGCGGUCGUGACAAGGUGAGCUACCUCCGCGGGGUGCCGAAGAACGUGUACCCGUUUUCGUUGGGGCCGGUGAAGAACGUGAUGCGGACGUGCUGCGAGCCGCCGCCGCCGCGAUACGAGAUGCGGCCGAUGAAGUGGUACCGCGCGGAGUCCAAGCGGGAGACUAUAUGGGAGAAUCGCUACUGGGUGUGCUGCUGA